AUUGUUUUCCCUUAUGAUAUACCUUUCUGUGUGGACAGGGUAUCCACUACACAAACCCUAUCUGAUCUCACAGUGGAAACAAGAGGAGGACCUAGAGACAGUGGAGAAAAGACCUAUCCAGGGGGAGCAUCAGGAAGGUUUCAAGAUUCAACUUAAAGUUAAUGAAUCAGUCGUUCCACAAGAUACUUGUGGAGAAAAAAUAUCCAAUGAACUGGAUGUAGUGGAAUUCAAAAGGAGUGAUUCCUCAUUGUCCAUUUUACAUAAAAUCUGGGAAUACCAUGAUAUUGAUUAUCAGAACAAAAACCACGAGAGACGUUUGAGAAGUCAUGGGGUUGAGAACAUCUACAAACAUAAUGAAGAAAAUCAAUGUGGACAAACCUUCAGCCAAAUUUCACACCUUAAUAUACUCAAGAGAACUACUGAAGUAAGAGCGUAUGAGUGCCAUGCGUGUAAAAAGGCCUUCAUAGAUCAUUUAUCCCUGAAGAAUCACAUUAGGUCUCACACUGGUAGCAAACCCUAUCAGUGUAAGGAAUGUGGGAAAGCUUUCCAUUUUUUUGCUUGUUUUAAGAAGCAUAUGAAAACUCCCACUGAAGAGAAACCCUACGAAUGUAAGGAAUGUACCAAAGCCUUCAGUUGUUCUUCCUUCUUUCGGGCACAUAUGAAGAUUCAUGCAGGAAAGACAAGUUGUGAAUGCAGGGAAUGUGGGAAAACCUUUAGCUGUUCUUCAUCCCUCACAGAACACAAAAGAAUUCACAGUGGAGAUAAGCCUUAUGAAUGUAAGGAGUGUGGGAAAGCCUUUAGCUGUUCCUCCUCACUCUCCAAACACAAAAGAAUUCACAGUGGAGAUAAGCCAUAUGAGUGUAAGGAGUGUGGGAAGGCCUUCAGUUCCUCCUCUCACCUUAUCAUACAUAUAAGAAUCCAUACUGGAGAAAAGCCUUAUGAAUGUAAAGAGUGUGGGAAAGCCUUCAGUGAGUCCUCAAAGCUCACUGUACACGUUAGAACACAUACAGGUGAGAAACCCUAUAAAUGUAAGGAAUGUGGGAAAGCCUACAAUUGUCCUUCCUCCUUGAGCAUCCAUAUGAGAAAACAUACAGGGGAAAAACCCUAUGAAUGCCUUGAAUGUGGGAAAGCCUUCUAUCUUCCCACUUCCCUGAAUACACAUGUGAAAAAUCAGAGUAGAGAGAAACCCUAUGAAUGUAAAGAAUGUGGAAAAGCCUUCAGUUGCCCCUCGUCCUUUCGAGCACAUGUGAGAGAUCACACUGGAAAGGUGCAGUAUGAAUGUAAGGAAUGUGGGAAAGCCUUCAGUCGUUCCUCAUCCCUCACUGAACACUUAAGAACUCACAGCGGAGAAAAGCCUUAUGAAUGUAAGGAAUGUGGGAAAGCCUUCAUCAGUUCAUCCCACCUGACGGUACAUAUAAGAACUCACACUGGAGAGAAACCUUAUGAAUGUAAGAAAUGUGGAAAAGCCUUCAUUUACCCCUCAGCCCUUAGGAUCCACAUGAGAACACACACUGGGGAGAAACCCUAUGAAUGUAAGGAAUGUGGGAAAGCCUUUCGCCAUUCUUCAUACCUGACUGUCCAUACAAGGAUGCACACUGGAGAGAAACCCUUUGAAUGUCUGGAAUGUGGGAAAGCUUUCAGUUGUCCUUCAUCCUUUCGAAGACAUGUAAGAAGCCAUACUGGUGAGAAGCCCUAUGAAUGUAAGGAAUGUGGGAAAGCCUUUGUUUGUCCUGCUUACUUUCGAAGACAUGUGAAAACUCACACUAGAGAAAAUUUAUAAAGUAAGGAAUGAGGGAAUGUCUUUUUUCAAAGCUUAAGCAGCACAUGAGAUCUUACACUGUGGAGACUCACUAUGAAUGUAAGAAAUUGUCACUCAUCUAUUGGAAAAACCCAUAACUGAGAGAAACUCUGUGUUUGUAAAUCAUGUGGUAAUACCUUCAUGACCAUCACUUAUCGUGUUCUAAGAAAAUUCAUAUUCGAAGCAAAGAUCAAUGCCUCAUCCUUAAAGUGGGCUACUGCUGGCUCAUUGAUUUCCAGUUUUAAUUUUCUGAUAUGAAUGUUUAAGAUGGUAAAUUUCCUCUAAUACCUUUCGGCUCUAGCCACAUAUGUUUUGUUAUGAGGUACUUUUAUUUUGGUUCAGAUGUAAAUGUUAUUUCUAUUACAGAGUUUUCUGGACCCAUUGGGCAUUUAAAGUAUAUUUUUUUAUAUGUAGGCAUGAGUGAUCUUUUAUUACUAUUAUUAGUUACUGAUUAAUUCUCAUUGUUCUUUAAGUGUGCAGUCAUUGUGGUAUCGACAUUCCAGUAUUUGUAGUUUCUUUUGUAAAUGGUAAUUUCAUUUUGAUCUAGUAUGGCAGAAAUUGGAAAUUGUCUACCCACUAUUUCUCCCCACCUCUUUUUUUUUUUUUACAAAAGCAUUAUUAGUUUUUUACCAUUAAAAGCUUUCCCUGUCUAAUAAGUAAUCCAGUGGAAAUCAAUAAGUGCAAAAGCCUUGAUAGAAGAGUCUCAUCUGUUAUGGUAUUUUUGUAUUUUUUUCUUUAUCCUUGUUUAUGACUGGGAAUUGGACCCAAUGUUUUGAACUUUUCUAAAAGAGACCUUGCAACAGGAAAGCUACAAGUAAAGUUAGUUGGGCUGGUUUAUGUUGUGGUACUUUGGAUGUGGCUGGGACUGCAUUUCCCAGAGUCAGUUCUUUAUCUAGUUCCAGGUUUGAGUUGUCUAAAAUAAGAGUUUGUGUGAGAAUUGGAAGGCAGAGGGAAGAAACCAUUAUUCUGAGUUUGUGGGGCCAACGAGACAGGGAGACCGA